UACGGGUCAUUAUCUCACAUCAAGUACAGUAUCACUGAUCAGAUAGUGAGUUGACAACUUCAAUCUGAUCGCAAGCUGAAAGUCUUUCAAACCCAGUGGGCUUCAGUCGUCUCACAGAUAUGGCGUUCUUGUUGAAACGUCGAGCUACGUUGAACUCCUUGGCGUCACUUUCUUGGGCCGGUUCUCUCAUUCCUGUCUCUGAUCUUCGAGGGUCGAAGUAUAGCGAGUCUGAGAGGAUUGUUAGAAACAAGUUGGCGUCUCUGUAUCGUCUCAUUGACUGGUAUGGCUGGUCUGACGGUAUCUAUGGCCACUCAAGUGUUCGUGUUCCAAAUACAGACAAUGAAUUUCUAAUUAACCCUUUGGGUUUGUUGUGUCAUGAGAUCACUGCCUCAAGCCUUGUAAAAGUAAAUAUUGAUGGAGACGUUAUUGAUCCUGGCUCGACAUCGUUUGGUAUCAACAAGGCCGGCUACUUCCUUCACUCGUCUAUUUACGACAGCAGACCAGACGUAAAUUGUAUUUCACACAUUCACACUACAUCUGGAGCUGCUGUUAGCUGCAUGAAGUGUGGGCUUCUACCAAUAUCACAAGAUGCUCUGACAUUGGGCAAAGUGACUUAUCAUUCAUUCAGAGGCUUUGUAUCAGGCAAUGAAAAGGAAGAGCUGCAACGUGAUCUUGGAUCAACAAGCACAGCUAUGAUUCUUAAUAAUCAUGGAUUGGCUGCACUUGGCAGCACUGUGGAUGAAGCUUUCUUUGUAUUGAGACUACUGGUGGUUGCUUGUGACUUUCAGGUGGGUGCUAUAGCUGCGGGAUUAGAAAAUGUUAUUAUGCCAGAUGUGGAUCACAUGACCGUGUUUGGAGAUGAACCAAGUGAUGAGACAUGGGCUAGAGGGGAACUGGAAUGGGAAGCCGAAAUGAGAAAGCUGGAUAUGCAUGGUUGCAACACUGGUCAGGUCUACAGGACUGCAUCUUUUAUUCAUUUUCCAUAUGCUGCUAAUCAGCUGCAAGAAGGAAAAUCAAGUCUGACUGCUGAAUCACUGAUUUCAAUGUCAAAGAAUGAGCAGUGAACUGCCCUUUUGCUGGUUUUUCAAGUCUCUGUUGCAAGUGGCAAGCAGUGAAUAGCUAUAUAGAAAGAAUCAGACAAGAUUAUGGAAAAAGCUGCGCAGUGUGCUGGAAUCCUCAUUAAAGAAGCAGCAUCUCCAGAAGCUCUUGCUCUUGUUGCAAAAUAUGCUGAAAAUUUUCUUGAGGGUGUAAUGAAGCUGAACGAAUCUAUAGAUGAGACGAGACAUGCUUUGGCUGACGCUAAGAUGACAAGCAAAUAUUCGUGGGAUAUUGUGUACACUGCCGUGGAAUGGGCGCUAGAUUUCAUCAAUGUAGUUGAACAGUUUGCCAGUUGGGGUCAUUCUGCUGACAGGAUUGAGAGAGUGAAGUCGGCAUUAAAAGCUGGAGAUUUUAAUGCUAUCGAUUCUUUUAUGGACACACUCGAUACACACGUGGAACAAACAAGCAAACGCUUUGACAUGUUUCAAAAGAAUGCUGAUAGAGCAACAGAACGAACGUACAAUGCAGCGAAAGACGCGGAGAAGGAAGCCACCAAAGCCAACAGCCGCAAAAGAGUUGUGCAGGGUGUAGGUGGCACUGCAUCUUCACUAUUACUAGCUGGCAGUAUUACCGGUACCUUUCUCACCGUGCUGUUUCCACCCGCGGGAAUACUCUUUGUCGGAGCGGCUGUCGGUGCAGGAGUAGCAGCUACAGGAGGAGUAGCAACCGCUGUUGGUACAGGCAUUGCAGCAGCAAACAUAAAAAAAACAGCAAGACGGAUGACAGAGUUGGCUCAGAUGCUGAAUGAUCUGUCAACGUCAGCCGGCUUUUUGCUUGCGAACGUGAAAGAAGUGGAGACUUGGUUACAUCAAUGUUUGAAUACAAUGGCGGUUACUCGCACGGCCUAUGCGUACGCCAAGAAGGGUUAUACCCCCGACACCAUAGAUGCCGUGGAGCGUUUUAAAAUGGAUCACAGACGUUACACAGUGCAGCCAGCGCUGCAGGUGACGUACUGACAAAGCUCAAACAAGAUCUGAAGUCACAUAUGCACUGCAGUACUUGUGCAUCCAGCGACAAGAAAUAACAGAAGUCUUAUAAUAGACUUUGCCAGCGGUUUGUUAUGUAAUUGUCUGUCUUGGGGGCAGUCGCAUUUUGGGUACUUUAGUGUUGUGAGUAUGUGUUUGCGCGAAAGUGUCCGCUCUGUGGUUCUUCUCUAGUAUUUGUGUUUACUUAUUGACUGCAGACAACAACUUUUCUAGUUCUCCGCUAGUCUGGGGUACUGUACUGUAGUAAUAGUAUGGCUGAGUGCGAGUUGUCUACUGAUCAAGUUUUACUAGUUAAACUGUAUACAGUAGUCUACAUUGCUGCAAUUAUAAUGCUAAUAUGUUCUAACUGCA